GAAAAUUCUAGAUUUCACAUUCUCAUACUAUCGUUGACUAGAUCUGUUGUGAGCUUGUUGGCGUUGUUAGUAUGGUCAUCACGUGACUGAGCGUGUCAUUGCUCUGGCAUAAGGCGGUGAGGGCAUCCUCGCAUGACAACCGGCAGAAUUUCACGCCGUCGUCGUUCCCUUGUCCAAAGCGUCAACCCAGGAGCCCAGCGCAAUAUAAAUUCCCACUCAAUGUUGCCACUUGAGAUUGACGGUGUUGGCAGAAUCUGUUGCUUUAGUUUCCUCUGUUGAAGUAUUGCUUCUCUGCCAGUAUUGCGUAACUGCUCCGUCUUUCUGCUGAGAUGAUUGCCAUAUAAACAAACCGGACGUGAGCCCUUCGUUCUUUCCGCGCGAUGGCUAAUACCCAGCGUUUUGAAAACGGAAGGAACAUUAUCCAUCAGAUUUGGCACUGCAUUCAUUACAGUGAUUGAAGGAUUCCAACAACGGCAUGGCUUCUUCACCUGCUAUCGCUCCAUUGCCACCUGAAGUUGUUGCCCAGAUAAAAUCGUCUGUUUCUAUCACGUCGGUAAAUGGGGUUAUCAUUCAGCUACUGAAGAAUUCCCUUGAUGCCUCAGCCGGAAAGGUCGAUGUUCAGGUUGACUAUGGUCGUGGUGGCUGUAUAGUCGAAGAUGAUGGACUGGGUAUAGCGCCAGCCGAAUUCCAACCCAGUGGCGGGUUGGCAAAACUUCAUCAUACCUCCAAAUAUACCAGUGAUACUGAAACGCAUGGCACCCAGGGCUGUUUCAUUGCUUCCCUUGCUGCGCUGUCAUUACUGUCUAUCACUUCACAUCACCAUCUGCACCGCUCGCAUAAUUCUAUAGCCUUGUCCAGAUCCCAGGUUAUAUCUCGUCAUACUCCGGCUCCUGAGGCACAGAAUUUAGUGUCAUUAAACCAUGGCACUCGUGUUACCGUGCGGAACCUGUUUGGGGAUAUGCCAGUCCGAGUCAAGCAGCGUGCUAUUGAGAAUGCAGAGUCGUCAAGAAAUCCGAAAGACUGGGAUUCGCUCCGCAAAGAAGUCAUGGCCUUGAUAUUAGCAUGGCAGGGCCCUAUUUCUGUGACCAUAAAAGAGCUUUCAUCCAACACCAAGUUACGGACUUUGCGUAUAAGUUCGAGGCAGAGAAAUAUCAAUGAUGAUGGUGCCCUGAUAUCACAUAUUUGCAGCACUCUUGCGCAAGCAUCUUUCAUUCCUUCAGUAGACACAUCGUCUUGGGUGUCUGCAAGCGGCUCUACAUCUACAGUUAGUAUCAGGAGCGGAAUCUCACUUGAUCCCGCGCCCACCAAAGGCAUUCAAUUCAUGUCCUUUGGAAUACACCCUUUGAGCAACGAAGACGGACGCAAUAUUUUGUUUGAAGAGGUCAAUCGUCUUUUUGCCAAUUCAUCGUUUGGCAUAGUGGAUGAUCUUCCCCAGCUAGAUGAGACAGAGAAGAAGAGGAGAGCAGAGGACAAGCGAUAUAAAAGCGAUGGUUUUACCAACAAGGAGUUAAAAGGGUCUGGAAAGGGGGUGGACAAAUGGCCGAUGUUCUAUAUGAGAAUCGAUAUUCAUGGUCCAAUACCCAACCACGACCCCGUUGAAGAUGUUUUUGACGAUGAGAAAACUCUCAUUUCCAUCACGAAGUUACUCCAGGCUGUCAUUGUGGAGUUUCUCCGAAGCAACAACUUUAAUCCCAAGUUUAUCCGGCCUCCUGGCUCGCCGUCCAAGCGCAAAGCUGAAAGCAGCGAGGUUGACAUGGGUAGAAUUGAGCCGUCGGGUUCUUCUACUAAAGCUAUUUAUGAUAUGCCUGGAACGUCAGUCUCACCAAAGAAAAGGGCAAUCACGAAACUUCCGACAAGGCAUCCAAGUCCUAGGCCAUCAUCGCCGUUUGAUAUAUGGCCUAGGGUCAAAAGCGGGAGGGUUCCAACGCUUGUCAAGACGUCAAAAAGAGAAUUAUCCAAUGUCGACGACGGAGUUCAAGCGGCAAAAGGCGCCCAGCCUUCAAAGCGUCCUUCGGCAGGGUCGAAAGACACCGGAAGGGAUUCUACCUCCAAGAUAGAGAAGUCUCUACCCCGCAGCACGACCCCGCUUAUCUCGAAAUCAGGUACAGUAUCCCAGCUGCCUUUUAUGGAUGUGGCAAAGCCAACCAGGCGACCUGCAAUGGCUCCCAAAAAAGAAGUUCCGAUCAACGAAUCCCCUCCCGACAUGGAGAAAGACGAACUUGUUCCUUGGACAGACCCAACUACAAAGGAAAACUGCUUCGUCAACAUGCGCACUGGCUCAGUACAGCAAACCCCAAAAUUGAGCGUCAAGCCUACUCCAGAAACACGCCACGGACUCCAAACACUCAAUAGAAAGUACGCCCCAAAAUCACACGACACACCCACCCAACCCCACCAACCAAGCGACUGGCUCAACAGCAUCCUCACCAACUGGAACAACCCCGUCUUCCCCCCCGCCGAACCCCCCAUCCCCCAAAUCCAGCCCGACUGGACCGACACCCACACUCAGAGCAUCCUGCACGGCCACCACCAUACCUGCACCCAAGCAGCCAUCGACCGCGCCUUCCAAGUCAGCGCCACCAGCUCCACCGGCCAUCUAUCGAAAUCGGGACUCCAGCAAGCCCGUGUCAUUGCGCAGGUUGAUCGCAAGUUUAUACUCGCGCGGAUGCCGGCAGCAGCAGCAUCUAUGGAUGACGGAGUAAGCGGGGAGGAUAUGCUCGUUAUUAUCGAUCAGCACGCCGCUGAUGAACGCUGUCGCAUUGAAGCUCUUAUGGCGGAUUUCUUUCUACCGCCUUCACCGUUGCCGGGACUGGGACACGAUGAGUUGGCCCCUCGUGUCCGCGUGGAGAGGCUAGAGAAGAGCAUUGUCUUUGAGGUAGCGGACGCAGAAUCGGAGUUGCUGGAGCGUCAUCGACGACACUUUGCGGAUUGGGGCGUGUUGUAUUACAUUUGCCCUGGGGAGGGGAUGGAUAAAGUCGUGCUGACGGCAUUACCGCCUGGUAUUGUGGAGAGGUGCCGCGCGGAUCCGAAGAUAGCUAUUGAACUCAUCCGGCGUGAGGUGUGGGGGGUUGAUGGAAGAGGGGGUGCUGGGCCAUCACGUCUGGUUAGGGGAAAUGAAACCGCAGAGCAGACGGAUGUGGAAGGAGGGGCGACCCCAGAUUGGGUGGCACGCAUGCAGGGCUGUCCGGCGGGGAUACUGGAGAUGCUAAAUUCGCGUGCUUGUCGGGGGGCGGUGAUGUUUAAUGAUGUGCUUGAGCGUCGAGAGUGUGAGAUGUUGGUAAGGAGGUUGGGGGAGUGUAAGUUCCCGUUUUUGUGUGCGCAUGGGAGGCCGAGUAUGGUGCCGCUUGUUGGGGUUGGGGAAGGUGUGGUGGUUGGAAUGGAGAGGGAGGGUAAGGUGAGGGAGAAGGGGGUGGGAGAUCGAGAUGGGGGAGAGGGUUUUGGGAGGGCGUUUAGGAUGUGGAAGAGUGAGACGAGGAGGAGCAGCUGA